AAACUCGAAAUUGAGAAUUGUAGCAAGAACCCAAAAACUCGCGUGACAGUUGGGUGAAGGGUUUUUCUCGUGCACAGCUAGUCUGCUUCCCCUUCCACUUCUGCUCUCUCUGUAAUAAUGUCUCUCAUUCUUUCAAAAUUCGAAGCCUUCGAUUUUCUUGCUAAAAUAUCAUCCAACAACUCCGCUGAAAUGUCUACUGAGCUGCAAUUGAACCGUUUUAAGUCCAGCUUUUGAGCUCCCAAGUUCGUAUCGGUUUUUGAAUUAUUGAAACUGUGGUUGUUGAGUUCGCCGUCUGUUUGGUUUUGGAUUGAUUAUUUAUGCAAAAGAUCUAUUAAUUUGUCGAAAUUGAAUUCAAUCGCCUCCUGGUGUUUUGAAGAAUCCGAAUCUUCAAGCGAGCUGCAGCCUUGGAACAUCCAAGUUAAACAAGGAGAUGCCAGCACCAACCUAUUUGGAAUGACGACCUUACAGAACUAAGAUCUGUGGAUACCUGUGCUGAAGAGAACUUUUAAUGGAUUCCAGAACACACAGGAUAUACAAUCCUCGACCCAAGUUUCACACGAGUCCCCGAGUGAACGGCAGAACAAUCAUUCGGGAGAGCCUCCCUUGGAAGACUUUGGCUCUGUAUCUGCUUCAAGCAAUGAUAACAGAAAGGUUUCACGCCAAGAUAUUGAACUUGUCCAGAAUUUAAUAGAACGGUGCCUCCAACUGUAUAUGAAUAGAGACGAGGUGGUCAAAACCCUUUUAACUCGUGCAAGGAUUGACCCUGGAUUUACGACUUUAGUUUGGCAGAAGUUGGAAGAAGAAAAUGCAGAUUUCUUCCGGGCCUAUUACAUAAGGCUGAAAUUGAAAAAACAGAUUGUUUUAUUCAAUCAUUUGCUUGAGCAUCAGUUUCAUCUUAUGAAUUAUCCCAUGCCUGCAAAGGUUACCUUGGCUCCUAUACAAAAUGGGACUCAUCCCAUGCCCGUUAACAUGCCUAUGGGAUACCCUGUGCUACAACAACCUCCAGUUCCAGCUCCAGCCCAACCUCAUAUUGAUUCCAUGAGGUAUGGAAUAUCAAGCUGUCAUGUGGUUAAUGGGGUUCCUGCCCCGGGAAAUUUUCAAUCCAUUCGGAUGAAUUCUGGGAAUGAGAUGAUGAUGGGUACAAGUGCAGCUGAAAUAGCUCCUGUUGUUCCUCAUAGCAGUGUUAUGUCAGAAAUGUCUGUGAGUCCUACGUCUGCCGCAUCUAGUGGUCAUUUCCCUUUCAGUGCAUCAGACAUGUCGGGAAUUGGAGUUGACACUUCUGCUCUAGAUACAACAUUCACAUCAGAUGUGGGAAGUUCAGUAAGAUUGCAGCUUGGACCUGACGGUGGGGCUGGAAACUCGAGAGAUUCCCUCAGAUCAUUGGAUCAAAUUCCGUGGAAUUUCAGCCUCUCAGAUCUGACUGCAGAUUUGUCAAAUUUGGGAGAUUUAGGGGCCCUUGGAAAUUAUCCUGGUUCUCCCUUUCUGCCUUCAGAUUCAGAAAUUUUACUUGAUUCUUCAGAGCCAGAGGAUAUGGUGGAGGAGUAUUUUGUUGACUCUGUCCCUGAUCCACACUCUCAGUCAGACGAAGAGAAAUCCUAGACAGUGGUAUGCAGCACAUAUUUUCCAUUCAAAUUUUUUAGAACGAGGGUAGAAUUAUAUGAAUUAGACUAUCAUAUCAUCUGUAGCAGGCACUGUUAGUAUUUUGAACAACUGAGCAGUCUCUUGUAAUUUUCGAGCCAGCAGGAAUGCAAUAUUUGCUCCUCUUUCUCGAGUAGACAGUCAACGAUUCUAUUAUCGAACCUUGAGGUUCUUAAUAUGUAUUACUAAUAGUUGCUGGUAUAAUUACCCUGUUAAUCCAUGAUGAUGUAAGUUCGGAAUGCUGUGCUCUCAUUUUGGUAAGUAAACUCGUUUUGUGAUAUGGGUAA